AUGACUAAACUUAAUUAAAUUUUGAAUUUAAGUGGAGUUAAAAAUAAAUUUUCAACAAUCAAAGGCAGCGAUGGAGACAAGAUCAUCUAAUCUGUGUAAUUACUUAUUUAGGAGUUGAUUGUAAGACUAAUUUAUAAUUUUAGGAUUGCAAAUAAGAAAUUUAACAGAGGAAUAAAGAUUAAGAAGGAAAAAACCUUAAAUAUUAAACUAUUGGAAAAAGAUUUAUUAGUUAUGAAACAAAAAUUCUAUGCUGUAUAAAAAGAUAAUCCUUUAAUCUAAACUAAAGCAUAAAGUCCUGCUGUGUAACAUGAUGUGUUGCGAGACAACAACAGAAUUAAUAUUAAUUCGGGUAGUGUUUAACGAUAGUCUAAACCAAAAGCUUAACAAACUUUCCAAUUUUAGUGA